GUUGGACUCGUUGGAUCAAUACAGGCGACUAGAAGGCGAAUGCCGGCAGUAGUGUUUUGUGAAGCACGUGCUAUAGACGCCUGGUCAUAGCGUGCAGUACCAACUGCAUGCAGCCCACUUUCGCGCGUGUAAUUCGUAUUCGUUUGUGAAAGUUAUCAACCCGGAUGAAACAUCAUGAUGCGGUCAAAUAAAUUCAUUAAAACAAGUGAAGUUCCAACUUGAACCCGAUCGUGACAACGGCUUGGCCUAGAAGAGUCUGUACAAAGUCAACAUAAACAAGUACCACUCAUUAAUCAUUAGUAGACAAUAACCCUAUGUGGGGAAGAAUGGAUAGAUAAGAAACUCAUAAACAUACCGGAUCACCGCCGACAUAGUACGUCGUUGAUAACGAGAAAGUGUGAUUUUAAAUCAAAAACUUAAAAUUAAAAACGUUCCGAUCAGUACAAACUAAUACUUUACAGUUGAAACAUAUCUUCAAAUAUUUUAGUGUAUAUUCUACAUAAUAUAUGUAAUAAAGUCGCCCGCAUUUUUAGCAGAAUUUAAAAAGUGAGUGAUAAAAAGUGAUAACGAUGACGCCAGGAGUAAAGGGUGAUCUGUGUACGGAACUUAGCAACAACAAUGUGAUACCUUUGCUACCACGUGAUACUAUGCACUUGGAGUUUAAAGAUGUAACCUGUUCCAUUAAUACGUUCGACAUCUCCAAGUUUCGUUUUGAUAAGAAAAAGAUAUUAAAAGGCGUAAACGGAUGUUUCAAACCGGGGCAGCUGACGGCCAUCAUGGGCCCAUCGGGCGCCGGCAAAACUACAUUGUUGAACAUCCUGGCCGGUUACUCAACUAAGGGUGCGAAAGGUGAGAUAACUGUGAACGGAGUUUGCACAUGCGCCUCUCAAUCAACCGGCCGCGGCGGCGCCAGGUACAUUCGCCAGAAUGAUGACCUCCGUGUACAUCUAACCGUGUAUGAAUCGAUGUCUCUUGCUGCUGCUCUUAAACUGGCCGAUUUCACCUUCCAGGAACGCAAAGAGAAAGUGUUCGAAAUGCUCGCACUACUAGGUCUAAGUGGCACAUCACGCACAGUGUGUAGAGAUUUAUCCGGGGGUCAGAAAAGAAGACUCGCUGUUGCUUUGGAGCUGUUAUCAGACCCAUCAUUACUGUUUCUCGAUGAACCUACCACCGGCCUAGACUCCUCAUCGUCAACAUCUCUGAUCGCUCUUCUGAGCGGCUUAGCUCGUGGCGGCCGAACGCUUGUGGCAACGAUCCAUCAACCCUCAGCCUUAAUGUUCGAGAAAAUAGACUCAAUCUACUGUCUAGCAGCCGGGAACACUUUGUACUCAGGACCGAGGGAACAGCUCUUGCCGGCGCUGAAUAGUGCAGGACUGCGAUGCCCGCCCUAUCAUAACCCAGCCGAUUUCUUGAUGGAAGUGGCAUCAGGUGAAUACGGUACAUCUAUAGACAGCAUUGCCAAUACCAUACAGCAGUACAACCCUGAGUCUACCUCCAGGAAUUGGGAAGAGAGCGUGCCCGUUAUACCAUCUUUUUCUAGAUCUCUAAGUAUAGAUACGGAAUUGAAAGAUAAACAACUUAGAAGUAAUGUAAAAUACCAGAAGAAAUUCUCAAAGAACAUCUACAGGCCGUCCGGUUACAUGCUACAGACUUGGAUACUAUUGUACAGGAAUUAUUUGAUGACAACAAGAAAUUAUUCACUAUUUAUGUACCGGGUAGCGGCUCACGUGGUGAUCGCUCUCAUCUUCGGCUACCUCUACCUUGGCGUCGGGAGCGAAGCGAGCAGCGUUCUCGGAAACUACGUGUAUUUGUACGGCUCUAUGCUCCUCGUCGUAUACACCGGCAAAAUGUCUGUCACUUUGUCUUUUCCACUGGAGAUGGACAUAUUGAAAGGCGAAUACUUCAAUCGAUGGUACUCUUUGGGCCCGUACAUAUUUUCAAUCUUAGCCGUGGAAUUACCUUUUCAGAUGAUAUCAUGCGUAUCCUACGUGGUAUUGUCUUACUGGUUGACCGAUAACCCUCUGGAGCCGACGCGCGCUACUUUAUUCCUUGCCACUGUAGUCGCCACAUCUCUCUGCGCGCAAGCUUGGGGUUACUUCAUCGGGUCCACCACGCCCACUAAGAUUGCAGUAUUCAUAGGCCCAGUACUUGCCUGCCUAUUCUCCGUGUUUGGCUUCUGUCUUGCCCUGAGAGAUACGCCCUACGCCUUCAAGUGGCUUCAUCAUGCGUCCUACUUCAGAGCCGGGUUUCAUGUGGCUGUGCAUUCCAUAUACGGGUUUAAUAGAACAAAAAUGCAUUGUGCUAAAGAGUAUUGCCACUACAUAACGCCGAGCAAGUUUCUCCAAGAAAUGGACAUUACCUCAGUGGACGUUGGUGCUAACAUGGCGAUAGUACUAAGCACUACAGUACUGAUGCACAUCCUAACAUGUACCACUCUCUGGUACCGAUUGAACAAGAGAUGAAGUAAUUGAGAAUGCACGUGCAGAAUUGAUGUGACUGAGCUAUUUAAUUUUUAGACAUAAUGUAUCAUGUGAUAGCCCUAAAAGUUUAUUUAGACAAGAGACAACAAUGAGCGACAAUUUAUUGCUACAUACAUGCAACAGAAGAAAAAUUUCUUAUUUAAAUUAGACUCUCUCGUCUCUUGGGAGAGUGUUCGGUAAAGUUACUUGGACCAAUAUCAUCUUCCCUAUUCUAUGACCGCAUGUUCUUUCUUUAUAGUCAUAUUCCCCAUAGUCCUUUGCAUUAACCAAAUAUUGGUAGGAGCUCUCUUGGGUAAUAAUGCGGUGAGUUCCCAGAGCCUUCCUCUCACAACUCGACUAACAGAACGAAAUUUCGACUCUUAGGUUAAAUUACAGCUAUUAUCAGAUAUUAGUGAUGUUAACCGGGACAGCUUAACGUGUUUUUCGAGGUACGGAGGGAACGAGAAGACCAAAUUCGAGCUUCCAAAAUCGGUCACCCAUCCAUUUACCGACUUGGGUCAACGUUGCUUAACAAUGGCAAUCGAUUGCUAGGCGUUGUCACAACUAGGCCACAUGACAUUUGCAUAUUACGUCGCCAUAAAAAUUAACCACCCUGCCUCGAUGACUAGUAUUCUUGCACAGUCCGAUUUUCCAAGUUCUCCUGAUUCCAAGAUUUUAUCUCGCACAUGAAAAACGACUAACCAGCUUCCAUCUCAAAACUAUGGGAGUUAUUCAAGGGAGGAGUUAUUCAAACAUAGGUUUACGCAUUAGGAAUUCCUCGGGUGUUACAAAUGUUUAUGAGCAGAAGAAGUCACCUCAAAACAUCAGGCGACCUGCUUACUUCCUAGUCCCUUUGUACAAAAAAAUACAUUUCACGCCUCAAGACGAUAUAAUUUUUUUUUUAUUCACUAUAGGCAAGCGCUUGACCACAAUCACACCUGAUGGAAAGUGAUGAUGUGGUCUAAGAUGGGACGCCUUUCUUACCUACAAUGAUUAGUGAAUCAGCUAUGUUUGUAUUCUUGCCACUUCCUAACAAAAUCAUCAAUGCUUCUGUACCCUGUCUCUAUCACGACUUAAGAACGUCUUACUUUUAUACUUUACCUCAAAGAUUGUUUUAGUAUUAAGUUUAUGGCUGGUCUAAAACCUUUUCUAUUUAGUUUAAUUUAUUGUAAUGUGGACUCUGGAAAAUAGAAUGCAUUUUAAAUAACAAACUGCAAAAAUCCCAGAUAGCAUUGUAUUUUUUGAUAUUCACAUAUUCCAGUUUAACCAUAGUUGAUAUUAUAAAAUAAUUAUGGAUAAUGCCUUGUUAAAAGUAUGGAGCUAUGUAGGCACCUAUUUAUUAUGACGAAUUAAUAAAAACAUUUUUAUU